UACACGCGACGACUCGUGACGUAGGGAGGCUAUGGCGGAAGUGACGGCAGAGGCGCCUAAAGUUUGAAUUUGCGGCAGUUGACGACGAGGGACCCAAGCGUAAACCCGGUUAGUACAACAGUUGGGUAUUAAUGGUCGAGUUUCAAUAAUGUCGGACCAACAAUGUGAACAAGAUGCGGCAGGCAUGAGUGAAAACACCUUCCCGGUGUACAAGCUGGAUGCCAUCGUGCAGUUCUACCGAACCGAGGUUUUGACCGGACAAGAGGCCAAGCAUUUCACCAAGAAUGAGAUUACUCCCAAUCCGAAGAGCAAGCGAACAAUCACUAUACUGAGCGCAAUCCAAAAUUUCCUGCACUUCAGAAAGCAGAGGCUGGAAAUGACUGCUGCCCACCAGCAAAGUUUUCGGUCCGAUAUGGACAGACUCCAGGCAUACACAAGAGAAAUAAAGGAAGCUGAGAGAAAGAUUGAGAAACUAACCACCAUACCGCCAGAGCAGCAAGUAGAGGCUAAAGAACUGGCGGCCGUUCUGGCAGAGCUGACAACUAACACGCAGCAUGAAUAUCAGGAUGUGAGCGCAAUGAAUGAAAAGGUUGCUCAGUGCAAGACUGAAAUUGCUGAGAUAUCACAGAAACUGACUCAAAGGAAAGUGGAUGUGGCGACACUGAAGGACAAGAUAGCCAAGCUCAAGUCUCAAAUUGUGGAAUCGCCUGAAGAACUAAAAAAUGAGAUGGAAAGGAUGAAAGAGAAUGUGAAGAGCAUUAGGAUGUCCAAAGAGCUGGCUGAUGAAAGGUUGGUGGAGCUACAGAUGCUGGUGCAGUGUGCAAGUCAGGUGGAGGCAGAAAUCCAGGUCUUGCUCAAACAGCUGCAGGACUUGCAGAGCACCAUGUGCAAGACUAACCAGCAAAAAGAGGAGGUCCAGAGUUUAGCAGCCAUGAAUGAAACCUUGCAGAAAGAGCUGAAGAGCCUGAGCAAUGAAGAGGCUCAGAUGAAGAGGGCACUUGCCAUGAAGCUCGACAAGGAGUCUAAACAACAGAUUCGUCGACAGAAGAAAAAAGAGGUGAAAGAUCAGGAAGUCAAAAAUAUUUAUGGGCAAUAUGACAAAAUCCACCAGAAACGGGAGGAAAUCGUGAAAAUGAUAGAAGAAAGCAACCGUGAAACUAAACAGUUCAAGGAAAAGAUGCAGAAGCUUAGAGAAAAGUGCAACCAGCAAACUCAAAAAGCCCAGGAGUUCUAUGAACGUCUUCUCACAACUUUGGAGCAGUACAACAAGCGGAUUGAGAGCAUUGUGGUGGAGACCAAUGCAGACACCUUAAAAAUGAAAUCACAUUUCUAGAAUUUCUAUUUUAUACUCUUUACUGUUAUUUUUAAAUCCAUGCAUUUGUUCAG